UCGGUGAUAAGAACGCAAAAAUUUUUGGGUCGCAACCGGACGGCUACUACGACAAAAAUCGCCAAUCUCUCGGUGCAGCAUGGCGACCGGGGACGGCGAUCCGACCGGUACUGGCGGGGGUUUUCCCGCUGCGAGCGACCACCACCAGCCCGACACCACCUCUCUUGGCGACAUGGGAGAUGGACUGCUGCAGCAGCAGCAUGCGGAUUUGCUUUCGCAACAACAGCAAAAUCCGAAUGUCGGGGUGCAGCAGCAGCAGUACGCGUCUACCGGUUUUGGUGGACAACACGCAGCUGCAAGCAGCACUGGUGGACAAGGACAGCAAUUCCAAGCCCAAUUUCAAUCGAAUUAUAAUGCAAAUCAAAACUUCAAUUUGAAUCAAAAUGGAUCGAAUUUCUCCACUCUGGGCGGAGGCCCAUUACAAAACUCAACCGCCGCGCAGCAGCAACAAGGCGCUGCGGACAACACCAACAUCAUGAUGGUGAUCAGCCAGAUGAUGGUGGCGCAGGCGGAAC